ACAUUUAAUAAACAUUUUAUGUAAAAGAACGCAUUUCUCAAAAAAAUGUCCAAUUCAACGACCAAUUUUCUAUUAAACACUUAAAAUCUUCCUCGAAAAAAUUACGCACAAUUUUUCUUUUUUUUUUUUUUUAUUUAAUGAAAAAAUUUCCGUAACUCCUCUUUACAAAAGGAAAGAAAGGGAAAUAUAAAAUAGUAUAAGAUAAUAAUUAAAGUCAUUGAAAUUAGAGAUUUUAAAUUUAAUAACCAGGCGCAAUCACAACAACGAAAUGUAUGCAUUUCGGAAUUUCAACCCCACCACCAAAACCAAUAAGAACAACAUUACCGCCGACAAUACAAUCCAAUAUUCCUCCAUGGUACCCUCGUCUACAACAUCGGCUAUACGGAUACCACACUUUAAGCAAAGUCUACGAAAGCAACGUUAUCUACUCUUUGGAUUAAUAUUAAUACAGUUUUUAUGUUUACAGAACGUCGAUUGUGCCGAUUUAGCCAUAAGUAUACCGAAUAAUCAGGGCAUGGACGAUGCCUUCUAUCGUUUAGACUACAGUCCGCCAUACGGGUUUCCUGAGCCAAAUACAACAAUCGCCUCAAAUGAGAUUGGCGAUGAAAUCCAAUUUUCACGUGCUUUACCUGGCACUAAAUAUAAUUUUUGGUUGUAUUAUACAAAUUUUACGCAUCAUGAUUGGCUGACGUGGACGGUCUCCAUAACCACUGCGCCCGAUCCCCCUUCGAAUUUAUCAGUUCAAGUGCGGAGCAGUAAAAACGCCAUAAUCUCAUGGUCCCCACCGACUCAAGGCAAUUAUACGGCAUUUAAAAUUAAAGUAUUGGGUUUAUCCGAAGCGACCAGUUCGUACAAUCGUACGUUUUUAGUAAACGAUAGUACAUUCCAGCAUAGUGCAAAAGAGUUAACGCCAGGUGCAACAUAUCAAGUUCAAGCAUAUACGAUAUACGAUGGCAAAGAAUCAGUUGCUUAUACGAGCCGUAACUUUACUACAAUAAGGAGGACACGCCCUAAAGAUUUGCUGGAUAUAAAAAUAUUAAGAGAACCUAAUACGCCGGGUAAAUUUAUCGUUUGGUUUCGUAAUGAAACAACGCUACUUGUCUUAUGGCAGCCACCUUAUCCAGCUGGCAUAUAUACGCAUUACAAAGUGUCUAUAGAACCACCUGAUGCCCUAGAAAGUGUUUUGUAUGUCGAGAAGGAAGGUGAACCACCCGGUCCAGCUCAGGCAGCCUUUAAAGGCCUGGUACCCGGUCGUGCCUAUAAUAUUUCAGUUCAAACUAUGUCAGAAGAUGAAAUUUCCUUACCAACAACAGCUCAAUAUCGUACCGUGCCCUUGCGACCGUUGAACGUAACCUUUGAUAAAGACUUUAUUACGUCGAAUUCAUUUCGUGUGCUAUGGGAAGCACCAAAAGGCGUUUCUGAAUUUGAUAAAUAUCAAGUUUCCUUUGCUGCCUCGAGACGUCAAUCGAAUGUACCUAGAACUGAUGAUACCACUGCUUAUUUUGAUUUUCGCGAUAUACCUGAACCGGGCAAAACGUUUAAUGUCAUAGUGAAGACGGUCUCAGGUAAAGUGACUUCUUGGCCCGCUACAGGUGAUGUUACGUUAAGACCUUUGCCAGUGCGUAAUCUUCGCUCAUUUAACGACGAUAAGACAAGUAGUAUGAUUAUUGCUUGGGAACCGGAUCCGGCUAGCGCCCAAGAUGAAUAUCGUAUCGUUUAUCAUGAAUUGGAAACUUUCAAUGGCGACACAAGCACUCUAUCGACCGAAAGAACACGCUUUAGUCUGGAAAGUCUAUUGCCUGGAAGAAAUUAUUCAGUUUCCGUGCAAGCGCUCUCGAAGAAAAUGGAAUCCAAUGAAACGACAAUAUUUGUAGUAACACGUCCAUCCUCGCCUAUUAUAGAAGAUUUGAAGAGCAUAAAAAUGGGUUUAAACAUUAGCUGGAAAAGUGACGUAAACUCUAAACAGGAACAAUAUGAAGUAUUAUACUCCCGCAACGGUACUUCAGAAGUGCGCACAGUGUUUACUAAAGAAUCAAGACUUGUUAUUAAAAAUCUCUAUCCCGGCGCGGGCUAUGAAGUAAAAGUUUUCGCUGUAAGCCACGGCCUGAGAAGUGAACCUCAUGCUUAUUUUCAAGCAGUUUAUCCAACUCCUCCCAGAAAUCUGACAAUUGAGACGGUGCGAAGUAAUUCAGUUUUAGCACAUUGGCUCCCGCCAGAAAAUAGCAAUUUUACCGAAUACAUAAUACGUUAUCGUACCGGAAGUGAACAGCAAUGGAUUCGUUUACCUAGCGUACGCACAACGGAAGCGGAAAUUACAGAUAUGACGAAAGGUGAGAAGUAUACGAUACAAGUGAACACUGUUAGUUUUGGCGUGGAAAGUCCCUCACCCCAAGAAGUAAAUACCACUGUACCGCCAAACCCAGUUUCAAAUAUUAUACCUUUGGUGGAUUCACGUAAUAUUACCCUUGAGUGGCCUAAGCCUGAAGGUCGUGUUGAGGCAUAUAUUUUGAAUUGGUGGCCUACGGACAGUCCAGCAAAAACACAAACCAAAAAUGUCUCGGAAAAUAAGUCAACUGAUGAUAUUUCCACUGUGCGAGUACUAAUUGGAGAAUUAAUGCCUGGUGUGCAAUAUAAAUUUGAUAUUCAGACUACUUCAUAUGGCAUAUAUUCGGGAACGACUCAUCUUUCCACACGAACUAUGCCUCUUAUACAAUCUGAAGUUGUUGUUGUCAACGAUAAACAAGAGGACGAACGAGAUACGAUUACAUUGUCGUAUACGCCCACACCACAGUCAUCGUCGAAAUUUGACAUUUACCGCUUCUCUCUAGGUGAUCCUGAAAUCAAGGAUAAAGAAAAACUAGCCAACGAUACUGACCGUAAAGUAACGUUUACUGGUUUAGUGCCAGGCCGUUUAUACAACAUCACUGUAUGGACAGUAAGUGGAGGUGUGUCCAGUUUACCUAUACAGAGACAAGAUCGCUUAUUCCCAGAACCGAUAACGCAAUUGCACGCCACCAACAUUAGCGACACAGAAAUAUCUUUAAGGUGGGAUAUACCAAAAGGAGAAUUCAACGAUUUCGAUGUUCAAUAUCUCACCGCCGAUAAUAUUUUAGCUCAGAAUAUAACCAAUAGAAACGAAAUAACUAUAACGGAUUUAAAACCACAUAGGAAUUAUACAUUUACUGUAGUAGUGAGAUCUGGCACAGAAUCAUCAGUAUUGCGUAGCAGUUCACCGCUGUCUGCUAGUUUCAGUACUAAUGAAGCAGUGCCAGGUAAAGUUGAAAGAUUUCAUCCGAUAAAUGUGGAGCCGAGUGAAAUACUGUUCGAAUGGCUUUUGCCGCAAAGUGAAGCUAAUGGUAUAAUACGUCAAUUUUCCAUUACAUACGUAAACAUAAAUAACGGCAGCGAAAGGCGAACAGUAGAUUUUGAUUCAUCUGAAACCACAGGAUCGAUAAAGAGUUUAAAGCCCGGCGAAACAUAUGUAUUUAAAAUUCAAGCAAAGACAUCCAUUGGCUACGGCCCUGAGAGAGAAUUUAAACAAACAAUGCCAAUAUUGGCGCCCCCUAGACCGGCAACCCAAGUGGUACCCACCGAAGUUUACCGCAGCUCAUCGACAAUACAAAUACGUUUCCGUAAGAAUUAUUUUUCCGAUCAAAACGGUCCAGUGCGUUGGUAUACGAUAAUUGUCGCCGAAGACGAUACCAAGAACGCCUCAGGUUUAGAAAUGCCAAGUUGGCAUGACGUUCAAUCAUAUAGCGUAUGGCUACCAUAUCAAGCUGUCGAUCCGUAUUAUCCAUUUGAAAAUCGCUCAGUUGAAGACUUUACUAUCGGUACAGAUAAUUGUGAAAAUCGGAAAAUUGGUUAUUGCAAUGGCCCUCUAAAAUCGGGCACCACCUAUCGCGUAAAGGUGCGCGCAUUUACAGCGCCCGAUAAAUUCACCGACACCGCCUAUAGUUUUGCAAUACAAACAGAUCUCCUAACUUCAAACGAUCAAGAUAAUACUUCGCUUAUUGUGGCCGUCACCGUUCCUUUAACUAUUAUUCUGAUCCUGCUGGUAACGCUGGUCUUUUAUAAACGGCGUCGUAAUAACUGCCGUAAAACGACUAAGGAUUCAAGAGCUAAUGACAAUAUGUCACUGCCGGAUAGCGUAAUCGAACAAAAUCGUCCUAUAUUAAUAAAAAAUUUCGCGGAACAUUAUCGCAUGAUGUCGGCCGAUUCAGAUUUUCGCUUUAGCGAGGAAUUCGAUGAAUUAAAACAUGUCGGUCGGGAUUUGCCUUGCACUUUUGCUGAUUUGCCAUGCAAUCGUCCAAAGAACCGUUUCACCAAUAUUUUGCCAUACGAUCAUUCGCGUUUCAAAUUGCAGCCGGUCGACGACGAUGAGGGCUCAGAUUACAUUAAUGCCAAUUACGUGCCGGGCCAUAAUUCGCCGCGUGAAUUCAUAGUUACUCAGGGUCCCUUACAUUCGACGCGUGAUGACUUUUGGCGUAUGUGCUGGGAAAGUAAUUCUAGAGCCAUUGUCAUGUUAACCCGCUGCUUUGAGAAAGGUCGUGAGAAAUGUGAUCAAUACUGGCCUAACGACACGGUUCCAGUCUUUUACGGCGACAUUAAAGUACAGAUAUUAAAUGCAAGCCAUUAUCCUGAUUGGAUAAUGACUGAAUUUAUGGUGUGCAGAGGUAGUGAGCAAAGAAUAGUAAGACACUUUCAUUUCACAACUUGGCCCGAUUUCGGUGUCCCAAAUCCACCGCAAACUCUAGUACGCUUCGUGAGAGCAUUUCGUGAUCGCAUCGGCACAGAUCAAAGGCCUAUUGUAGUACAUUGUAGUGCUGGAGUCGGUCGUUCGGGCACUUUUAUUACAUUAGAUCGUAUAUUGCAACAGAUUAAUACCUCAGAUUAUGUAGAUAUAUUUGGCAUUGUCUUUGCCAUGAGAAAAGAACGCAUAUGGAUGGUUCAAACUGAACAACAAUAUAUAUGUAUACAUCAGUGUUUAUUGGCUGUGUUAGAGGGUAAAGAAAAUAUUGUAGGUCCUCCCCGAGAAAUUCAUGACAAUGAGGGUUAUGAAGGACAAGGUCAAGAAAUCUCAUUUGAUGAGAAUGGAGAGAUAGUAGCCAUCGUUGAAGGUCAUCCUAACGAAACGUCAGAAGUAUUACAUCCGGAAGAAGCGGAAGCUAUUGAUAAAGAGAAUGCUAUUGUCAUACAUGACGACCAACAACCACUUACUGACUAUGAAGGUUCGAUUUUGAAAGCUUCGACAACUACGUUUGGCACUAGUGCUCAUCAAAAGCAAGGUUACAGUAACACGGACUCAAUUGAUAGGUGACAUACGGUUAAUCAGAAUGAUAACAACAAUUCGGUAGUUAUUGUUCUGGUCGAUAAUAAACCAAGUUCGAUGAUUUGUAAAGAGAAUUCUAUCGAUGUGAU